AGCAGGUUAACCCCCACCUUGAUCUUGUCGGUGUUCACAGCAGUCUUGGGAUCCUUGCAGUUUGGAUACAACAUCGGAGUCAUCAAUGCACCGCAAAAGAUCAUCGAACAGAGCUACAAUGCCACGUGGAUGGCACGCCAGGGCAAGGAGGAGCCGAUGCCCAUUGACCCCGGCACCCUCACCACACUCUGGUCCUUGUCCGUCGCCAUCUUCUCCAUCGGGGGCAUGAUCUCCUCCUGUAUGGUGGGCGUUGUCUCAGAAUGGCUGGGCAGGAAGAGGGCUAUGAUUGUAAACAACGGCCUGGCCUUCGUGGGCGGUGCUCUGAUGGGCCUGGCGCAGGUCGGGAAGUCCUACGAGAUGAUGAUCCUGGGACGCUUCUUCAUCGGGGUGUUCUCAGGUUUCGCUUCAGGCCUCGUCCCCAUGUACGUGGGAGAAAUCUCCCCCACCAACCUGCGGGGGGCGCUGGGCACACUCCAUCAACUGGCCAUCGUCACCGGGAUCCUGAUUGCCCAGGUGUUCGGCCUGAGCUCCAUCCUGGGCACCGAAGUCUUGUGGCCCCUCCUGAUGGGCCUGACCGUGGUGCCCUCUGCCCUCCAGCUGCUGCUCUUCCCCUUCUGCCCGGAGAGCCCGCGCUUCCUCUACAUCAUCCGCAACAAGGAGUCUAAGGCCAAAGAAAGUCUCAAGAGGCUGACGGGCUGCGCAGACGUGAGCGCCGCACUGAACGAGAUGAAGGAAGAGAAGCGGCGCAUGGACAUGGAGCGCAAAGUCUCCAUCCUGGAGCUCUUCCGCUCCCGCAUGUACCGCCAGCCCCUGCUGAUUGCCGUGGUCCUACAGCUCUCCCAACAGCUGUCCGGCGUCAACGCCAUAUUCUACUACUCAACCGACAUCUUCACAAAGGCGGGGGUGGAGAGUCCCAUCUACGCCACCAUCGGAGCCGGGGCGAUCAACACCGCUUUCACGGUCAUUUCUCUGUUCUUGGUGGAGCGGGCAGGGAGGCGCACGCUGCAUAUGCUGGGCCUGGCUGGAAUGUGCAUAUGCGCCUUCCUGAUGACCGCGGCCCUCGCCUUGCAGGAGAAAGUGCCGUCCAUCAGCUAUCUCAGCAUGGUGGCCGUCUUUGGCUUUGUGGCGUUCUUCGAGAUCGGGCCGGGGCCCAUCCCGUGGUUCAUCGUGGCCGAGCUGUUCAGCCAGGGGCCCCGCCCGGCCGCGAUGGCCGUGGCCGGAUUCGCCAACUGGACUUGCAACUUCAUCAUCGGCAUGAGUUUUCAGUCGAUUGCUGACGCGUGCGGCCCCUACGUCUUCCUCAUCUUUGGAGUCCUCCUCCUGAUCUUCUUGGGCUUCACCUACCUCAAGGUCCCCGAGACCCGAGGGCGCACCUUCGAUCAGAUCGCCACUGCAUUCCGACGCACCCCGUCCUUGUUGGACCACGAGAUCAAGCCAUACACAGAGUUGGACGAACUAAGCCCAGAGAACCACGAAUGA